UGGCGCGGGCGGGCCCGUCCCCCCUGCCCCUGGGUCGCUCUUUUUAAGCUCCCCUGAGCCGGGGCUGCGCUCCUCUAAUUGGGACUCCGAGUCCGGGCUAUUUCUGGCCCUGGCGCGGCUCCAAGAAGGCAUCCGCAUUUGCUACCAGCGGCGGCGGAGCCAGGCCGGUCCUCAGCGCCCAGCACCGUCGCUCCCGGCAGCCCGGAGCGCGCACCGCAGGCCGGCGGCCGAGCUCGCGCAUCCCAGCCGUCGCUCCUCCACCUGCUCUAUAGACAAGGGAAGAUGAGUGAGUCGAGCUCGAAGUCUAGCCAGCCCUUGGCCUCCAAGCAGGAAAAGGACGGCACUGAGAAGCGAGGGCGGGGCAGGCCGCGCAAGCAGCCUCCGGUGAGUCCCGGGACUGCGCUGGUAGGGAGUCAGAAGGAGCCCAGCGAAGUGCCAACACCUAAAAGACCUCGGGGCCGACCAAAGGGGAGCAAAAACAAGGGCGCCGCCAAGACCCGGAAAACCACCACAGCUCCAGGGAGGAAACCAAGGGGCAGACCCAAAAAACUGGAGAAGGAGGAAGAAGAGGGCAUCUCGCAGGAGUCCUCAGAGGAGGAGCAGUGACUGCACCGCACCGCCUGCUCCCCCGCCCGAGGAGCAGUUUCCUCCUGGGACUGGACAGCUCCGCUCCGCUCCCACUGCCCCCCCUCCCCCCAGGCCCGCGCAUCCCCGCCACACACCUGCACCCUCACCACCACACUACACUGCACACCAGCCCGGCCCACCAGCCCACCAGCCGCUGCAGGGCCCCGGCCCAAGAGGGAAGCAGUUUUCCUUGGAGAGAUUUCGGUUCCCGGCAACCCCUCAGCCACGCGUGCCACACCUGCCCCCGCCCCACCCCAAGCUGACUUCCCACUUAGCCACUCCCUGUGCUGCUGCCCUCCCUGUCCCUCCCUCGGCCGUGGGGACAUUGCUGGCUGGGCUCUUGGUUUGGGGGCCCCUUCUAUCCCCAAUUCUUUCCUCUGGCUUCCCACUGAGGGGCCUGGGAGGGCUCCCCUGGCCUUAAAAGGGGCCCAAGCCCCAUCUCAUUAGACAUGCCCCACUCCCUACCCACAGCAGCAGCAGCAGGUGUGGCCACUGCAGAGGGGGGACUGGCCCCAAGAUGCCCCCGGCCAACCUGGGUCUCCCCAGGUGUGGCUCACCCACUUCCUUCCUUCCCCGCCUUGCCUAGUCCCUGUGCUAGGCUGGGCAGCCCCUCUGGGGGCGCAGGAAGGCAGGCAGGAGGGGUUUAAGCCCCCUACCCCUGUCUAAGCAGGCUCCAGCCCACCCUGCCCUCCCCUCCCCCUGGAAUCUACUGCAGUGAUGGAAGUGCAGAGUCAUCUGUAUCCAGGGGAGGCCCAGGUUCCCGGGGCAGCCACUGAGGGUGGGCUUGAGUCCCUCCCAGUCCCUGUCCGCUUCUAGGCCUCCAUUUCCCCUUCCCUCACGGGGCACUAAUAACAAGGAGCUAGCCUUGCCCACUCCCACCCUUCUGCUCCUCCCCCGCCCCCCAAGGUUCUGGUUCCAUCUUUCCUCUGUUCACAAACUACCUCUGGACAGUUGUGUUGUUUUUGUUCAAUGUUUCAUUCUUAGACAUCCGUCAUUGCUGCUGCUACCAGCGCCAAAUGUUCAUCCUCAUCGCCUCCUGUUCUGCCCACAUUCUCCUCCCCCAAGACCCUCUUAGGGGAAGGGGCCUGGGGCAAAGCAGGCUGGGUCACAGACCACCCCGGUCCCAGGGAAGGUGGGGCCCUGCCCCUAGGAUGCUGCAGCAGAGUAAGGAGGGGGGCCUGUGUUGACUGUCAGGUGUAGGGGCCGCCUUCUCCCCGUUCUGUCAGGGAGGAGGCAGCCGAUAUUUGUCCCAGCCUGGGGGCCCCCCCCCUCUGGUUUCCUAUUUGCAGUUACUUGAAUAAAAAAAUGUCCUUUUCUGGA